GGCGGAGCAACACAUCCUUCAUUACCGAGCCGACCACAGCGAAGGGGGACAGAGAGGGAAGCUGCUAAAGCCAACAGAUGUGAACUGGACCGCGGGAGGAGAAUACCCAGAAGUGAAGACAGAGAACCAGCGACUCUGCUAAUAUGUGGCAACCUGCGUCGGAGCGGCUGCAGCACUUUCAGACAAUGCUGAAGACGAAGCUAAACGUGCUGACGCUGAGGAAGGAGCCUCUGCCCACGGUGAUCUUUCAUGAGCCCGAGGCCAUUGAGCUGUGCUCUGCCACUCCGCAUGCAAAGAGCAGGACCCACGCUGGAUACAAGGUGACCUACCUGGGCAAGAUGACAAUCUCCGGGACCCAGUUCUUGUCAGGCUGUACGGAGUCAGCGGUAGUGAGUCUGGUGGAACGUCGUGCCUUGGACCAACAGCAGGGCACCAAUCCCUCAAGCAACUCCCUGCUGGAAAUCCGCCCCUUCCAGGUGCGCCUCCACCACCUGGAUGAGCAUGGCGAAGUCUCUGUAACCGUGGACGCCUACCAGGUGGCGCGCAUCGCUUACUGCACUGCCGACCACAGUGUAAGACCCAACAUAUUUGCGUGGAUCUACCGGGAGAUCAACGACGACCUGUCCUUCCAGAUGGAUUGUCACGCCGUGGAGUGCGAGAGCAAACUGGAGGCCAAGAAGCUGGCACACUCCAUGAUGGAGGCCUUCCGAAAGACUUUCCAAAGUAUGAGCAGCGACGGGCGCAUUCAUAAGAGCGGCUCAACAGACGACUUUGCCGAAGACUCGUCCACGCCUGACGACUCAACCCCAGAUGACGGUUGAAGUCGAAGGCGCUUAUGUUCUUGAUUUCUGUUCUGACAAAUUGAGGGAUGACUGGAUGGACAGAAUAACUACUCUUAUUCGUUUCCCCUGUUGUCCUCUUUUUAUUUUAAAUUUGGUUAAAAAAAAGAAUUAUAUAUCUAUAUAUAUCCACUGUAUGAACCAACAUGCCCAAGAUGAUGAAGUAGCCUAUAAAUUGAGUGAAGGAAAGGUAGAUGAAACGGUUUAAAUAAAGACCUUACAGACAAUAAAUGACCCUAUAUGACCCCUCCAUGACCCUCAUCAAGGUUUGAAGGCCCACUGUAAUAACCCACAAAAAUGCUACUCAUCAUUUCUCGUUCAGCUUCUGUUAUUCUGCACCUCUCAAAGACUGUCUGUGGUGCUUUUUUUAACCACAACAAAGCAAUUUUUUUACCCGAUGCUAUACUAACCUUUUUGUUCUUCUUGCCAUGUAGGGACCAAAGCAGAGUUGAUAGUUGGUCUAUUUUAGGUUCACACUCAGAGUUUAGAUGCUGGCGAUGAUUCUGUAGCUGUUAAGUGAUUAUCUUUUGAAAUAUUUUAGCCUUCAUAACAGCAAAUGCUGAUGAGGGGGGAAAGCUUUCACUAAGGUUACCUUUUGUGAUCCCCAAAAAGUGGUCACUUAGCUUGAAUGAGAGAGCUACAGCAUGUGUCUUCAUUUUAUUGGUACUGACAGAUACAAAGUAUCUGUAAGACAUAAUGAGAAAUAGAUUAUAUUUUAGAAGUUCUCACUGGACUAGAAGCCUGGACCAGUCUGAGACACCUUAAUCGUCUACAUCUGACGUUUGUUUUAUGUAUACCAAAAUCCAGGCAACAUUUUGCCUUUCAGAUUAUGUGCCUCACUUUCCUGUCUUGUCUCAGUGCGUGUGUGCUUUCAUGUUUUUCUUGGUAUGUACAGUAGGUGUCGAUGCUUAUUUUUCUUCUGUAUGUAUAUGCAUGAAAAUGCAAGCAUCUGGGUGUGAGAGAGUAGACAGAAAUGAGGAAUAAGUGUAUGAAAUGGUGGGGGAUCAUGUUUUUUUUAUGUUUGAAGAAGUUUCUAAAAUCAGACAUGGUACUGUGACCAUUUGCUACAUUUCUUUAUCGUACACUAUCCUAGCAAACCAUGAGUCAGAGCGGGCCAGUCGCUGACGUGGUCGGACCCUAAGCCGCAGCCAUCCAAGUGAACAGCUCACACCUCCUGGCCGCUGCUGAAUGUAUGAGUCCAUCGUACUGUGAGCACGUCGUAUCAUGCCCAGUCACUUCAGACUCCACAAAUCGCCUCAUGUAAUCACGACAUCUUGAAGGGAGUGACAGUAAGUGGGGUGUAUGUCUCUGCUGCUUUGCAUCUCCACUCCAAGACUGAGGCACUUUCUUCUCUGACAGCACUUCACUGAACCGACUGAACAGCCUCGAGUCGCAUGGCUCUAAUCAGCACAUGCAGGGCCUUGUAAAAGUAUCAUUGUCCCUUGUAGUUUUUCUCCUAUUGUCACUUAAACAGAAAUGUUUGUGUAUUUCAUUGGAGUGUUAUUAAUGAUGGACCUUAAUAAGGUAGUGCAUAUUUGUGAAGUAAAAGGAUGCAUUUUUUCCCUAAAUAUCUAAAUAGUGAAACAUGCAUUUUCAUUCAGAUCCCAUAAGUUAAUACUUUGGAUAACCAUACGAUAACAUAUCCUCUUUUUAAUGUGGGCAAAGAGGUUUUAAUUUUAAUUUUCCUCCACUCUACUUAUAGUAAUUUUCUAAUUUGACUUUGUUUGGGUGUCCAUCAACAAUUUAGUUGUUUUGCCAUUCUUCCUUAAAGUCCAGAUCUGUUGCAUGGAUAUCUAAUAGUUCUGUUAGCAGAAAGGCCUGAGCUGUUGCUUUCUGCAGCUCUUCCAGUGUUAUAUUGGGUGUUUUGGCUCUGAAUAAAGCUCUCCUUGCAUGACCUGUAUGUAUUACGUGGAUAACCAUGGGGCUGUGCUUAGACAUUAAGAUAUUGUCAAAUUAACUCUGUCUUAAACUUCUCUACAGCUUUCUCCCUGCCUUGUCUGUCGUCUUCCUUUGUCUUUAUGAUGCUGUUUGUUUACUGAUGUUCUCAAACAAACCUCUGGGGCCUUCACAGAACAGCUGUAUUUAUAUUGAGAUUUAACUGCACGGACUUGGACUCAAACUACUAAUUAGAGGACUUCUGAAGGUGGUUUUCUUGCAAAUUGUGAAUUUUAUUUAGCGGCGGCGUUGAACUAAAGAGAGCAAAACAAAUACAUGCCAUGCCUUUUUUUUCUUUCCAAAAGAAAUGAAUUGAAAACUGUCAAUUUUCCUCCUCUUCACUAAUAUGCACUACUUUAUGUUGGACUGUAAAAAAACAUGUUGAAAUUAGUGUUUCACAAAAUGUACAAUUCAAGGCAUUUUAAUACUUUUGGAAGUUACUGUUCAACUGCAAUCCUAGAUACAAGAAUCCAUACUGUAUGUACACAAAAUGUAUUUGAAACUUGCUUAAUAAGCUUAUGUAAAUACAAAUGUAUCACUUUCCAAAUAUUACAACAUAAAUGGUGAUAGCUAUUUUAAAUAAAAAAAACACAUAUUGAGAACCUUUAUAUGCUGAAAUAGUGUAAUUAAGCUGAACUGUGAAGAAGAAGAGACUGAUUGUGUUGGAUGGAAGUGUGCGGGCGGGAGUGUGUGUGUGUGUGUUUGAACUGAAUGUGAUGGGGAAAUGUGUAAGAAGAGGUUGUAAAGUGAGGGGAAUGAUUGCAAAGCUGUAGUUUACUGGGCCAUCUCUGCCUUACAGCUCAGACUCGCUUCAAAUGUUAAGAGAAAAAAAUGUUACCAUAACUGUUUUCUAUAUGGUGUGUGUGUGUGCAAAGAUCAAAACAGUUACAUAUAAAGCAUUUACCAAGAUCUCAA